UGAAGAGGAGAAAAAUAAUGGACUCUUCAUAUGAGCCUGGACGACAUUAGAUAACCAUCUAUGUCCACACCUACACCUAAUCAAAGUUUCAUCUGCAUGGACCGUCAUGAUUGGCUGAUCUCUAGAGAACUUCAGGAUGCAGGAUCUUCAUGGAACUUCAGAAUGCAGGAUCUUCAUGGAACUUCAGAAUGCAGGAUCUUCAUGGAACUUCAGAAUGCAGGAUCUUCAUGGAACUUCAGAAUGCAGGAUCUUCAUGGAACUUCAGAAUGCAGGAUCUUCAUGGAACUUCAGAAUGCAGGAUCUUCAUGGAACUUCAGGAUGCAGGGAUCAUCAUGGAACUUCAGGAUGCAGGGAUCACCAUGGAACUUCAGGAAUAUCGUCUAUACACUCAGUUCUACUCUCAAUAAACAUAAUAAGUCAGAACACAGAGGUGUCACAAGCACACUCUUACCUCGUCAAUGGUACACAGAGGUUCACAAGGGCACACUCUUCCACUACGUCAAG